AAAGUGGGGUAACUUGAAACAGCGAGGUAACUUGAAACAGUCGGAGGUAGUUUUUUAAUGUUGGUAGUGGCAGCACUGCGAACAAUAUUUUCGAGGUUAUAUCGCAUGGUGUACACUCUGGAAGACUUCAGCUGACACUAUUUACGAAAAUUGAUAGUUAAUAUCAAAGAUUCAAGCAUGGUGAGGAAUCACCAACGGAAGCCAGGGGCACGUAAAUACAAGGACUUCAGUGAUGAGACUUUAUCAAGAGCAAUCAAGGAGAUUAGCCAGAAGACGGUAACCCUACGCAGAGCAGCAGAAAAAUAUGGUAUUUCACCUGCAACAUUGAGUAGGAAAAUGAGAGGUAUGCAUUUAAAGAAUGUUGGGCGACCUUGUGUUUUAUCUGCAGAGGAUGAAAAAGUAUUGACUCAAGGAUUAGUUGUAGCUAGUGAGUGGGGGUUUCCCCUCACAACGUUUGAUCUACGAUUGAUAAUUAAAGCCCAUUUAGAUAAAAGAGGGGUAAACGAGCCAAGAUUUAUCAACAACAUGCCUGGAAUUGAGUGGGUAAGAGGAUUUUUAAUUAGACAUAAGGGUCUUUUAUCGCAACGUCUAUGCCAGAACAUUAAAAGAGCAAGAGCUCAGGUUAGUCAUGAAUUGAUACGUGGGUAUUUUGAGGAAUUGAAAGAUUCAUUGGCAGGUGUUUCACCAGAAGCUAUCAUAAACUAUGACGAAACCAACCUUACGGAUGACCCCGGCCGUGUGAAAAUUAUUACACGACGGGGCUGUAAACAUCCUGAUAGGAUUUUAGACAGUUCCAAAGCUAGUAUUUCAGUGAUGUUUUGUGGGACUGCUUCAGGCAUUCUCUUGCCACCAUAUGUAUGUUACAAGGCUGAGCAUUUAUAUGAUUCAUGGACCAUUGGAGGUCCAAAAGGAACCAGGUACAACCGCUCAAAAAACUCCUGGUUCAAUGGUCCAAUCUUUGAAGAUUGGUUCCUUACUGUUAUUCUCCCAUACUUCAAAAGAUUAGCUGACAAUUCACCCAAAGUAUUAUUGGGUGAUAAUUUAUCUAGCCACAUCUCAUUCAAUAUAGUCCAAGAAUGUGAAAAAAAUAACAUUCGUUUUGUACUCUUACCACCCAACAGCACUCACCUAUGCCAGCCGUUGGAUGUGGCUUUUUUCCGUCCUCUAAAAGGAAAAUGGCGUGCAACAUUGAACGAUUGGAAAAUUAAAAAUCGCGGCUGCAUUCCCAAAGAUAGAUUCCCAGCACUUUUGAAAAAAUGCAUUGACAGUUUAAAUGUUGAUGAUGCGUGUUCAAAAAAUUUAAUUAGUGGCUUCAGAGCCACUGGGAUACAUCCCAUUGAUGUUGAACAAGUAUUGAAACAAUUGCCAAUAAGUAAUCAAGAUCAGGAGGAAAGAGGUAGAAAUUGGUGUGGGACAUUGGAAACAUUUCUAAAAGAGAGUAGAAUGACAGAGACAUCUUCAAAUGUAAAACAACGGAAGAAGAGAAUACAUAUAACUCCAGGUAAAAGUGUAAGCUCUGAAGAUUUUCACAAUUCAAGUGCAAAAAGGGGUAAAGAAAGUGAUGAAUCUGAUAUUGAUGAACCAUGCCCGGGCCCUUCUAACAGUUCAUUGGAACCUCAACAUGAGAAAGAUACUGGUAUGUGCCAAAUAAGUGAUGAAUCUGAUGUUCAUGAUGAAUCAAAUGUUGCUCAUGAUGAGUCUGACUAUUCUUUGGAUCAAAACGAUAAUGUGGCAAAAUUCAACUUUAAUGAUUUUAAUGACAAUGAUUUUGUACUGGUCAAACUGAUUUAUGACGCAAAUAUAAAAAAAACAGCAAAGAAAACAUUUGUUGCGCAAAUUUUAUGUUCUAAUGAGACUACUGGAAAACUUGAGAUGAAGUUCAUGCGAAAAUCAAGCAAAGCUAAUAGUAUUUACAUUUUUCCGGCUAUAGAUGAUAUAGCUUCUGUAAAGCUUGAAAAUAUUGUCCAGAAACUGGUUCCUAUAUUUAUAAGAAGAGGACGCCAUUGUUUCUCUGUGGAAGCAGAUUUUUAAAAAUAUUUUAUCAAUUUUUUCAAUAAUUUUUCGAUAAUUUUGACUUUUUUCAUCUAAUUUUUGUCACUAUCUAUUUCUAAUAUACCUCAAGUAUUUUUUUAAAACUUAUAUUAUGUUUCAAGUUACCUCCAACACCUCUAACUUGAUGAAAACUAUUGAUUUGUGUGCGUGUUUCAAGUUACCCCAUAUAGUGGGGUAACUUGAAACACACUUGAAAUAAAAAAAAAUAUAUUUCUCCAAUAAAAAAUUCUUAUUUCAAGGUAUAAAUAUGUUCUUUGGAAUAGGACCAAUAUGGGUGAGUAACAUUUCUGUUGAAAAAAUCAUCCUGUCAAAAGUUACAAGAUUUUGAAAUUGAUAAGUGUUUCAAGU